AUGGAACUGUUCUGGAAACGCUGUCUUUUCAAUGUUACUGCAAUUACAGAAGCAACCACUGUAUCUUCUUCUUCUCGUGCUGACUAUAGAUUCCAUUCACAGGUCAAGAUUGGAUCACAGAAAGAUGCUUCUAAGGGAGCAGCUUUAGUCUGCAAAGCAAGUUCUAGUGGUCAUAGGAGAAAUCCAGACUUCUCAAGGCAAAACAGGCAUGGCUUCUCUAGAAACAGGCACAGGCAAAAUGAAGAGAGAGAGAGCCUUGAUAACCUCAAUGAAUCUGAUGCGUUAUCAUCGAAAAAUGGACCAUUACUCUCCCUCUCCAAUACCCCAAAGUUCCAUGCAACUGCAGCCCCUGGACCUAGGGAGAAGGAGAUAGUUGAGCUGUUCAGGAAGGUUCAGGCUCAGCUUCGAGAGAGAGCUGCAUGCAAAGUAGAAAAAAACCUCGAAGAGCAAGGCAAAGAGAGUGAUACUGUAGAUUCCCUCCUUGAGUUAUUAAGGAAACACUCUGUAGAGCAAAGCAAGAGAAACAGCAGAAGCAAUGGCAGCAACAAAGAUCUCAUGUUGGACCAGCAAGUGCAGAAUGACUCCUACAAUGGAAGAAAAAGUACAAUCUACUUAGUUUGUCUCUGGCAUCGGAUGGGCGUAAACAUUUUUAAUGAUGAGAAUGGAGUUUUGCAGCCAAAAAAUGAGCAUGGGGAUUUGAGUGCAUUGAAGCUACCAGAAUUAAGGGCACUUGCAAAGUCUCUUGGUCUAAGAGGGUAUUCAAAGAUGAAGAAGAGUGAGCUUGUGGAAUUGCUAAGUGGGAGUUUGGUAUGAUCCAUGAUGUAUGACUGAACCAAAAACAUGAUAGCG